CCACUCUUAACUCUAAGAAAGCCUGGGGCCUCUCCCCACUCUUCCAUCUGCCCUUCUGCAGCCCUGACGCUCACAGACGCCUGCCAGACGCCUGCUCUCAGAGAGGAGAGGACAGAGGCACGGGACCUGAGGCAACUCAUAAUAUCACUCAACUCGUGAGGACAUGGAUUUAGUGCUACAGGAGCCGGUGGACAAUGAAACAGGGAAGGAAAGCAAGGCUGGCAUUGGUUUGCAAAGAGACGUGGACGAUGCUCCUCCAAGUGAAGAUGAGGAACCGGAAGAGGAAGAACUGUCAGCUGAAGAAAGAAUAUUUUUGAGAGAGUCUCCCAGAUGGAAGCAAGAUCUAGAAGUGAACAUCAGAAAGUUACAUGCCCUUGCAGAGGAUGUUGAUGCAACUCACAAAACAUUCACCAAGACCAGCCUGGUGGCCAACUCCAUUGCUGUUGUCUCUGGAGUCAUGAGCAUCCUAGGUUUGGCCCUCGCUCCAGCAACAGGAGGAGGAAGCCUUCUGCUCUCCAGUGCUAGCCAAGGUUUGGGGGCAGCAGCUGGUGUCACCAGCAUCUUGACCAGCAUGCUGGAACGCUCUCACAAUAAAAAAGCCCAGGAUCGGGCCACCAACCUAGGGGUCAUCCUUGACACUGAGGCCGGAGAGGCUGGGGCAGACAAAGCAUACUAUGUUGUGGAAGCUGGCAAGAUCACCUAUAAUUGUGGGAACACCAUCAGGAAUAUCAAGAAGAAUCUGCAUGUCCUUCAGAAAGCCAGAGCCAAUCCCCGCUUAGCCAACGCUGCCAAGCGCCUCAUGACCACAGGCCAAGUCUCAGCCCGAAGGAGCCGGCAGGUGCAAAAGGCCUUUGGGGGCACAACACUGGCAAUGACGAAAAAUGCUCGCAUGCUGGGAGGUGCGAUGGGUGCCUUGAGCCUUGGUCUGGACUUGGCUGCUGUCUCAAAGGACUGGAAGGAACUGAAGGAGGGAGCAAGGAUGGAGUUGGCAGAAGAGCUGAGGGCCCAGGCUCGGAAGCUGGAAACGAAGUUGACAGAACUCACUCAGCAAUACGAGAGCCUGCAGCAGAGGGAAUUCAUGCAAGAAGAAAGGCCUCUGAGCUCAUCUUUGGAGGGAGCCAUGGGGACUCUGCCUCAGCCCCCAGCCAGACAUGGGGAAGCAGGAUCUCAGUAAUUGCUGACUCAGACCUUGGACCUGCGCAACUCACUCCGGUGGGAAGGAGGGAGGCCCACCUUCUGCGUCCCCCCAGCCUCACUCCCUUCAGGACUUCAGAACCUGGAGUUUUCCUGUCGCCCAGCUCACCCAUCUCAAGAAUAUUUUUUUCUUUUCUACACAUUAGCGGCUAAAGUAGUGCAUAGAUAUUAAAUAGAUUUUUUUUAAUGCAGGAAAGUAGAAAAUAAGAACAAAUAAGGCACCUCCCAAGGGUGACAAUGUUAAGGUGGUCUUCAUGCCAUCUGUAUAUGAUAUUGAAAUGUUAAAAGAGCAAGCUUGACUGCAUUUUGCUGUCUACUCCUUCUCUGUUCCAUUUUAUUACCCUCAAAACUGGUUCCUCUUGUUUAUUUACUGACCACACUUGUGAUUACAGCCCUCCUGAUUAUAGCUUUUUAUGAUCAUGCCCUUUAUGAUGACCCUUACCAGUAAGUUCCCCUCCCUGCGUUCCCCCAGGACAUUGUGGUUCGUACCUAUGUUGUAAGAAAAAUCACUAAUUGCUCUCAUUGUGUAAAAUGAUUAACUGCCCUAUCCUGAGAUUCCCCCUACCCCUUUAACUGCUAUUUGCUCUUCUGUAAUAAUGCUAGCUUGCCCCCACCCCAAAAAGUUUUUGCCCUAAAACGUUUUUAAACUGAAAAGUUAAACUUUUUAUUUUUUUUUAAGUAACGUUAUUUUUUUUUAUUUUUGCAGGGUUUUUUUUGGCCAGGGCUGGGUUUGAACCUGCCACCUCCGGCAUAUAGGGCCUGCGCCCUACUCCUUUGAGCCACAGGUGCCACCCCAAAAGUUAAACUUUUUAAAACUUUUUAAAAACCCAGAGCCACAGACAAUUCGGGGCUGCUCUCAGAAACCCCAUGUGGGGAGACUGAGGCAGUCGCCGGCCUGCUCUUCAAUAAAGGACUCCACCCUGCAAAUUCGGCUUGUCUGGCUGUGUGGUCUCUGGGGGACUCCUGAGCAUAACAACGACUGUUUGCAUUUGGUUACAGAAUUUCCUUCCUGUGACUUUCUUGCUUUGGGGGUGGAAGUGCUGGCUUUAUGUCAUUGCACGUUUGUCAUUAGACUCCUUAGAUGUCAGUCUGGGAUCUUCCCUCACGGCUGCAAUAUGUAUGUCUCCGCCACCCACUGAGUUUUCCUUCUUUCUCAUUUCCAGUUUCCUGGUUUGUCUAUGAGCUGUAACUUUAUGCCUUGCUGUUUUCACUUAGCAGUACUUUCUACCAUUCAAGUCUGUCCCCGGGUUUUCAUUGGUAUUGCUUUCUUAUAUUACCUAAUAUUCUCUUGGUCACCGCUCCUUAAUGUUCAAAACCAACUCAAACUAGCUAAUAUAACAAAAAGAGUUUAUUGGUGCAGGAUACUAGCUUAGGAUACAGCGUGCUGCUGGGGUGUGCAGGUCCAGAGGAUAAAGAUGUCAUCUGGUGUCUUUUCGCCAUCCAGACAGGCUUCUGCGUCCCAGGUGGGGCGGGAGAAGGCACCGCCAGAUGCACCCUCAGCCCGGAAGAGAAAGGGGCGGGGCAGAAGUCCAGGGCCCACUGUGAUUGGUCAGGCCCGCUCACAUGACCUUGCCUCCUUUGGUGGCGGGAACAGCCCGUGGAGAAAGGAGAUGGAAAACAGGAAGGCGACAAGCCCUGCACUUCUGCCUCUGCCCUUCUGUGAACAUUUAGGUGAUUUCACAUUUUUUUAUUAUACAUCGUGGUAAAAUGAACAUAUGUGUGCCAAAAGCUUUUUGCGUGCUUAAGAUCCCUAAGACAAAGGUUAGCAAACUUCAAGGGAGAGGAAGAGGCGUUUUCUCCCUACAUUAUAAUGGUAACACAGAUCGCCAGAAGUUGAGAAAAGAUUUUUUAUUUAUUUUAUAUUUUUGGAGACAGAGUCUCUCUUUGUCGCCCUGGGUAGAGUGCCGUGGCAUCACAGCUCACAGCAACCAUAAAAUCUUGGGUUUAAGCAAUUCUCUUGCUUUAGCCUCCCAAGCAGCUGGGACUACAGGUGCCCGCCACA